GAGGGAGAUGCUCAAGGGGGCGCAGGUUCCCCAGCUACAGCGACCUCAGAAGGAGAUGAUGAAGAAGAACGUCAGUUCAUCUGUCCCCACUGUCAGAAACGAUUCUUACGCCAAUACAACCUCAAUGCCCAUUACAAGACUCACUCAACUGAGCGCCUUCAUGCUUGCAACGAAUGUGACAAAUCCUUUUUGCGACCCUAUGACCUAUCCCGACAUCAACGGAUCCAUUCCAAGGAUAAGCCAUAUGCCUGUAAAAUCUGCAGCAUGAUCUUUAUCAGGAACGACGCCAUUUGGAGACAU